CUGUGGAAGGAGCGCGGUGGCCCAGCCGCGGCCCCGGGGACUCCUCGCUGCUGACGGCGGUGGCGGCGGCUCGAGGCGGCCGCGGGUCCGGGACGCCCCGACCGAGCGCCGCCCCCCGCCCCUCCCGCGGGCCUCCCGCCCCUCCUCUGCCGCCCUCCUCUCGGCGCUCGCGGGCCGGGCCCGGCAUGGUGCGGCGUCGCCGCCGAUGGCGCUGAGGCGGAGCAUGGGGCGGCCGGGGCUCCCGCCGCUGCUGCUGGCCGGGCUGGCCUCUCUGCUGUUCCCCGAGUCCGCGGCCGCAGGCCUGAAGCUCAUGGGAGCCCCAGUGAAGAUGACGGUCUCUCAGGGGCAGCCAGUGAAGAUCAACUGCAGUGUGGAGGGAAUGGAGGACCCUGACAUACACUGGAUGAAGGAUGGGGCUGUGGUCCAGAAUGCAAGUCAGGUGUCCAUCUCAAUAAGCGAGCAGUACUGGAUUGGCUUGCUCAGCCUGAAGUCAGUGGAGCGGUCUGAUGCUGGCCUGUACUGGUGCCAGGUGAAGGAUGGGGCAGAAACCAAGACCUCUCAGUCAGUGUGGCUCACUGUGGAAGGUGUGCCAUUCUUCACCGUGGAACCAAAAGAUGUGGCAGUGCCUCCCAACACCCCUUUUCAACUGUCUUGUGAGGCCGUGGGUCCUCCAGAACCUGUAACCAUUUUCUGGUGGAGGGGACCUACUAAGGUUGGGGGGCCUACCCCCUCUCCCUCUAUUUUAAAUGUGACAGGAGUGACCCAGCGCACCGAGUUUUCUUGUGAAGCUCACAACAUAAAAGGCUUGGCCACUUCCCGACCAGCCAUUGUUCGUCUUCAAGCACCUCCUGCAGCCCCCUUCAACGUCACAGUGACGACAAUCAACAGCCGCAACGCUAGUGUGGCCUGGGUGCCAGGUGCUGAUGGUUUAGCCCUGCUGCAUUCCUGUACAGUGCAGGUGGCACGGGCCCCGGGAGACUGGGAGGCCCUGGCUGUUGUGGUCCCUGUGCCGCCCUUUACCUGCCUGCUUCGGGACUUGGCCCCUGCCACCAACUACAGCCUUAGGGUGCGCUGUGCCAACGCCUUGGGGCCUUCCCCCUAUGCUGACUGGGUGCCCUUUCAGACAAAGGGCCUAGCACCAGCCAGAGCUCCCCAGAAUCUCCAUGCCCUUCGUACCGACUCAGGCCUUAUCCUGGAAUGGGAGGAAGUGAUCCCUGAGGACCCUGGGGAAGCCCCCCUGGGACCUUACAAAGUGUCCUGGGUCCAAGAAAACGGAACCCAGGAUGAGCUGAUGGUGGAAGGAACCAGGGCCAAUGUGACCGGCUGGGAUCCCCAGAAGGACCUGAUUUUGCGUGUGUGUGUCUUCAAUGCAGUUGGCUGUGGGCCCUGGAGUCAGCCACUGGUAGUGUCUUCUCAUGACCAUGCAGGAAGGCAGGGCCCUCCCCACAGCCGCACAUCCUGGGUGCCUGUGGUUCUGGGUGUGCUCACCGCCCUGAUCACGGCUGCUGCCUUGGCCCUCAUCCUGCUUCGAAAGAGACGGAAGGAGACACGGUUUGGGCAAGCCUUUGACAGUGUCAUGGCCCGGGGGGAACCAGCUGUACACUUUCGGGCAGCUCGGUCUUUCAAUCGAGAAAGGCCUGAACGCAUCGAGGCCACACUGGAUAGCCUGGGCAUCAGUGAUGAGUUAAAGGACAAGCUGGAGGACGUCCUCAUCCCAGAGCAGCAGUUCACCCUUGGCCGGAUGUUGGGCAAAGGAGAGUUCGGGUCAGUGCGGGAAGCCCAGCUGAAGCAGGAAGAUGGUUCCUUGGUGAAAGUGGCAGUGAAGAUGCUGAAGGCUGACAUCAUUGCCUCAAGCGACAUAGAAGAGUUCCUCAGAGAAGCAGCUUGCAUGAAGGAGUUUGACCAUCCACACGUGGCCAAGCUUGUUGGGGUGAGCCUCCGGAGCAGGGCUAAAGGUCGCCUCCCCAUUCCCAUGGUCAUCCUGCCCUUCAUGAAGCACGGAGACUUGCAUGCCUUUCUGCUCGCCUCCCGAAUUGGGGAGAACCCUUUUAACCUGCCCCUCCAGACUCUGGUCCGGUUCAUGGUGGACAUUGCCUGUGGCAUGGAGUACCUGAGCUCCCGGAACUUCAUCCACCGAGACCUGGCAGCUCGAAAUUGCAUGCUGGCGGAGGACAUGACAGUGUGUGUGGCUGACUUUGGACUCUCCCGGAAAAUCUACAGUGGGGACUAUUAUCGUCAGGGCUGUGCCUCCAAAUUGCCUGUGAAGUGGCUGGCCCUGGAGAGCUUGGCUGACAACUUGUAUACAGUAUACAGCGAUGUGUGGGCCUUCGGGGUGACCAUGUGGGAAAUCAUGACUCGUGGGCAGACGCCAUAUGCUGGCAUCGAAAAUGCUGAGAUUUACAACUACCUCAUCGGCGGGAACCGCCUGAAGCAGCCUCCGGAGUGUAUGGAGGAAGUGUAUGAUCUCAUGUACCAGUGCUGGAGCGCCGACCCAAAGCAGCGCCCAAGCUUCACAUGUCUGCGAAUGGAACUGGAGAACAUUCUGGGCCACCUGUCUGUGUUGUCCACCAGCCAGGACCCCUUGUACAUUAACAUUGAGAGAGCUGAGCAGCCUACUGAGAGAGGCAGUCCUGAGCUGCCCUGUGGAGAGCAGCCUAGCAGCGAGGCAGGGGAUGGCAGUGGUAUAGGGGCAGUAGGUGGCAUCCCCAAUGACUGUCGAUACAUCUUCAGCCCCGGAGAGCUGACUGAGUCACCUGGGCAGUCGGAGCAGCAGCCAGAAAGCCCCCUCAACGAGACCCAGAGGCUGCUGCUGCUGCAGCAAGGGCUACUGCCUCACAGUAGCUGUUAACCCGCAGGCAGAGGACAGCUGGGGCCAUCCACCUGACUCUGCUGGCCACUAAGCCCAGCCUGAUCACAGCCCAGGCAGCAAGGUAUGGAGGCUCCUGUGGUAGCCCUCCCAAGCUGUGCUGGCACCUGGACUGACCAAAUUGCCCAAUCCCAGUUCUUCCUGAAGCCACUCUGGCCAGCCUGGCAUCAGUUCAGGCCUUGGUUUAGAGGUGAGCUAGAGCUGGUUGUCUGAAUGCAGGCAGCUGGCAG